UUAUUCCGUAAAAUAUAAAAGAAUCUGUCCAUGCUUUAUCGGGUUUAUCCUACAAUGUUGUAGUUUUCUUCUUUAUCGUGGUCCUACCAUCUAGCUACUUGCAAUCAGUCGCUCUCCGGCUCUCGUAUUCACUAUUCUCAUAUUUUAUAUUCCUGUGCCCUAUAUUCUGGCUAUCCACUAAUUGCCUAUAGGUCAUUAUAUUAAUUAGGCUACAUUAUUUUGGCCCUCACGUUUCACGAAAGGACUUCAAGACGACUGCCAUGACGAAUUUGAAUGGCGUGUUGACUCCGCCGUCAACACCAUCGCCCAACCUGCUGCAGAUGAACAUGGCCCGUGAGAGGGAGAAAUACUUGGAGGAGUUUAACUUCCCAUUUUGUGAAGCUGCCACCAAGUUUGAAAAACUAGCAAAGAUUGGUCAAGGCACAUUUGGUGAAGUGUUCAAAGCACGAGACAAAAAAAAUCCUAAAUUUACAGUUGCUAUGAAAAAAAUUCUGAUGGAAAAUGAAAAAGAAGGAUUUCCAAUUACUGCUCUGAGAGAAAUUCGAAUAUUACAACUAUUAAAACACGAUAAUGUAGUAAAUCUAUUGGAAAUCUGUCAAACUAGAGCCACUCAGUUUAAUCGUUAUCGUUCAACAUUUUAUUUGGUGUUUGAAUUUUGUGAACAUGAUUUGGCUGGCCUGCUAUCAAAUACUAAGGUGAAGUUCAGUCUUGGAGAGAUUAAGCAAGUAAUCCAACAAAUGCUCAAUGGUCUCUACUACAUACACAGCAACAAAAUAUUGCAUCGUGACAUGAAAGCAGCAAAUGUAUUGAUCACAAAAACUGGGACAUUAAAAUUAGCUGAUUUUGGUCUCGCCAGAGCGUUCAGUGCUCAAAAAAAUGGUCAACCAAAUAGGUAUACCAAUCGAGUCGUAACAUUAUGGUAUCGACCUCCUGAGUUGCUGCUUGGUGAUCGUAAUUAUGGUCCGCCUGUAGACUUAUGGGGAGCUGGAUGCAUUAUGGCUGAAAUGUGGACUCGUAGUCCAAUUAUGCAGGGUAAUUCUGAGCAACAGCAAUUAACUUUAAUAUCCCAACUAUGUGGUUCAAUAAUGCCAGAAGUCUGGCCUAAAGUUGAAUCUUUAGAUCUAUACAAUCAAUUGGAAUUAGUCAAAGGACAAAAACGAAAGGUAAAGGAGCGAUUAAAGCCCUAUGUACGUGAUCCAAUGGGUUGCGAUCUAUUAGACAAACUAUUAGUAUUGGAUCCAGCCAAGAGAUUUGAUGCCGAUUCAGCUUUAAAUCACGACUUCUUUUGGACAGAUCCUAUGCCAUGCGAUCUAUCUAAAAUGUUGUCUCAACAAACACAAAGUAAUUUUGAAUAUUUGGCUCCACGCAGACUCAAUAAUCACCAGUCAUCUGCUAUGCGACCAGCAUCAACCGUUCCAAGUCAAGGGACGUCCACGUCUGCUACCUCAGGUUUUCAUGAACGUGUUUUCUAGCGCAAGUGAAUGGCAGCUAAUGCGGCCACUUAUAACUAUAAUUUUUUUUACAUCUUAUAGUUUUUCCUUAUAUUAGUUAAGAUUUAUUUAUGUAUAAAUAAAACAGCUAAUUCUGUAUAUCAUCAUUGUUAUUAUUGGCUUAUAUUUAAUUAUAAGUUCUAUAGUUAUAAACUGACCUUAAAAUUAAAAUUAAAUCUUUAUUUUAAACUGGUUUAAAUUGUAAAUUACUGUUUUACAUAAUUAAAGUUACAUUUUCAUUAAUUAAUGUAUAUUUUUAAUACUAGUAAUAAUGUGUAAUCGACUGUUCAAUUUUCAGAAUGAUAAUUAUCAUGUCACUUAACUACCUAAGUAUGGUUUCUUUAUUUGUAUAAAAUUAAAUUAAAUUGCAGGUGUUUAUUUUUAAAAUGUUAUUCGAUUUUGUAAACAUUUUAUUUGUAUACAUAAUUCAGUUAAUUAAUCAUAAUUCAUAAUUGUUUACAUUUUGUACAUAAGUAGAAUGUAAGAAAGUAUUUGUACUGACAUUUUAUAUUAUAUUAUUAAUUAAUAACUAUUAAUUUUACCAUAUUUUAUAAGCUGAUAUUUUUUUUUAAGAAUUAUUUUAUUUGUACUUGUUUGUUGCAUCCUUUCCAGACAACUAUGUCAUGGUUUUGUUACUACAAUUGUACAUCUUGUAAAAUGUUAUUGCAAUUGAUAACCAUAUAUCAUAUUUAUAUGUAUAUGGUUAAUACUCAAUAAACAAGUUUAUUAGAUGC